AUGUCUGGCCAGGGCCAAUUCAUUGUUGGUGCAAACCUCCAUCCACAGCUAACUACCAAGGCUAUUAGGCUCCGUUGUGUAAGGAACUAUGUUGUCACUGAAAGAAAGGGAGAAAACAACAUAAGAAGUCAAGAAUGUGUAUUUCAUGAUCAAGAGGGUGUGUUUAUCCACGUACACAUACCUAAGGACAUUGUUUGCAAAUACAAGAAUGAAUUCAAGGAGGGGAAUGUUUAUGGGAUUAGGAAUUUCCUUUGUAUUACUAACUUUUUCAAAUACAAAACAAGCACUUUGCGUUAUAUGAUCAAGUUUAAGCAUGACACCAUUGUGAAGCACUAUAAGCGUAUCACUUUCCCUAAAACUCUGUUUCGGUUCAAGACUUUCCCUGCCAUACUUUCAAAACAAGAUGUUGAUGAGAAAGUGUUGAUGGAUGUGAUUGGUCGAAUUGUUGAGAUUUAUUCCCCACUAGAGAAGGUAAUAUGUGGCAGAAAAACUAGGCUCAUAGACUUUGUGCUUGAAGAUAUGAGGGCAAAGUUUAUGGACAAUGGUGAAGUGCGCAUUUGUAGCUCUUUUGAUGCAACUCAGUUGUUUUUCUCUCACCCCUGUAAGGAGUUUGUUGCACUGAAGAGCAGUAGCUUCACAGCUGACUCUACCCCAUUGAGGUGUAUUGAUUCCUCAUCUAUGCUUGGUGUUGGUUUUCCUACUGGUGGUGGUCCUUCUAAGCAAGUGGUGGUCAGUUCUAUUGAGGAGAUUUACAGCAAAAACAUGUCAGUGUACUCAUUUGGGGAGUAUUGGGUAGCCGGUCGAAUUGUUGGUGUUGAGAGUCUAUGUGAUUGGUACUAUAUUUCUUGCAAGACUAAUUCUUGCAAGAAAAAGCUCUCUGAAAGUGGUGGAAUGCUCUAUUGUGCUGGGUGUAAGAACUAUUGGCAAGAAGGAGUUGUGAGGUAUAGACUGAUAGUUCGUGUUGCGGAUGAUACUGGAGAUGCUCCUAUGCUUAUAUGGGAUCGUGAAUGUGCUGAAUUGGUUGGUAUGGUAGCUGGUGAUUUAAAGGAUAGCUAUCUGGGGGAUGAGGCAGUGCUUACACAGCACUGCUCAGGUUUGUUAGGUUGCAGCCAAUCUGAGAUGGUGUCAACUGAGAUAGGUGGUUCUUUGGAUGUUGGGAAAAAGCUGUGUUUGUGA